CAUAAUAAAUGCAUCUAUGACUGUCUUGUUUCCGGUUCUUUAUCAUGAACAGCAAGCAAGCGCUCCUUUUAGUUAAGAAAAAACUUCUCCAUUUGACAAUUUCCUUUGCCUAUAUUCAUUCAAUUCCAUCUGUAACCAUGCCUCCUCCUCACCGCCACCAUGAUCACCACCGUACACACGGUGGUGCAACACCACCGAAACCAAACCAAAAGCUUCUUUCCUUAAUCCUCAAAACCAUAAUAAUGACUGCAAUAACCACCCUUUUUUUCCUAUUCCUUGGUAUUGCCGCCAUCCUCCUCCUCAUUGCCACCGCCGCACUCCACCGCCACUCGACUCCAUCCUCCAAUUCCUCAAAUGGGUUGUCUCUCAAAGAUUUAAAGAAGCUCCCAAUAUUCAGAUUUUCGACUCAGACAAGACCUGAAACGGGUGCUAAUCAAACUUCAUGUGUGGUUUGUCUUGAAGAGAUAAAGCAAGGACAGUGGUGUAGAAACCUUGUUGGGUGUGGUCAUGUGUUUCACAGGAAAUGUGUGGAUGCUUGGCUUGUCAAGGUUUCUGCGUGCCCUAUUUGCAGGACACAAGUUGAAUUGGUUCAUGGAGUAAAAGAUAGUCCAUUAUGGGACUUUGAUUGGACAAAUGAAUUGAGGGUUUGGUAGAUUUUUCCUUAUCCUUUUCUAAUUUUGCUCCUGGCGAUUUCUCAAAAUAUUUCAUCUCAAUUUGUGCUCUCUCCUAAGGUGCAUGUAAUUGUCAGAUACUACAUGAAGGGUAGACAGCAUGUGGUGUUCUGGUUGUAGGUUAUCUCUGAGGUGCAUGACUCAGCAUGCAUUGGUGUUGAAAGGUUGAUUGGCUUGGAUCAUGAUGGAUCUUAUAAAGAUGUGCCAGAAUUGGGUCAUUUAGUUACUCAAUCCUCAGAAUUCAUAUCCUAUCUAAAGUUUCAACAAAAUAUUAAUCUUAUCAUUGUUGCCACUUAUUGUUUUCCUGUUUUUUGGGUCAUGAUCUAAUGUUUCGGCCAGCAGGGAAAAUGAUUGUUGGGAAGUGGGUACAAUUCAAUGCUGUGGCUGGGUAGGGAAAACACAUGCUGCAGUAUGUUAUUUUUAGUUUUUAGGCUUUAAUGUAUUGGUGCUACGGGAAUGAUUCUCCUUGCUUUGUUAUGCAUGUUCUUGUGACUGUUAAUCAUGCAUUUCAGUUCUAAGAAUGUAUACCAGAGUGAAUUAUUGGAAUGGUGAAUCCUUCCUUUUUUAGUCA